AUGUGUUUGACCAAUGACAGCACCUUCCCUGGGUUCAUUUUGGUAGGCUUUUCUGAUCGGCCUCAGCUAGAGCUGGUUCUUUUUGGGGUAAUCUUGUGUCUUUACAUGAUGACGCUCCUAGGCAAUGUUACCAUCAUCCUAGUUUCCCUCUUGGACUCUAAACUGCACACCCUAAUGUACUUUUUCCUCUCCCACUUCUCCCUCCUGGACCUCUGUUUCACCAGCAGCAUUAUUCCUCAGCUUCUAGUCAACCUGGGUGGUUCAGAUAAGUCCAUCACUUAUGGUGGCUGUGUGGUUCAGCUCUAUGUCUCUCUUGCCCUGGGAUCCACGGAGUGUGUCCUCCUGGCUGUGAUGUCCUAUGAUCGGUACAUCGGUCCUCUACAUUAUGCCUUUGCCAUGCGCCCCAGCCUCUGUCAUGCCCUGGCAUCUGUGGCAUGGCUCAGUGGGGUAGCUACCACCCUUAUACAGUCUACUCUCACCCUGCAGUUGCCUUUCUGUGGGCAUCACCAAGUGGAUCAUUUUGUCUGUGAGGUCCCUGUGCUCAUCAAGUUGGCUUGUGUGGAAACGACUUUCAAUCAAGUGGAGCUAUUUGCGGCUAGUGUUUUAUUCCUGGUGGUGCCUUUAUCACUCAUCCUGAUCUCCUACUGGCACAUUGCCAGAGCAGUACUGAAGAUCAAGUCAGCCAUCGGACGACACAAGGCAUUUGGGACCUGUUCCUCCCACUUAAUGGCUGUCAUAAUCUUCUAUGGAACCAUCAUCUUCAUGUACCUGCAACCAGCCAAGAGCAGAUCCAAAGACCAAGGAAAGUUUGCUUCCCUUUUCUACACUGUGGUGACCCCCAUACUCAACCCUCUCAUCUACACCCUGAGAAACAAAGAAGUAAAGGCAGCAAUGAAAAAAAUUCUUGGUAGAACAUUAUGGCUCAGUGAAACAUGA